AUGCGGCACCUGGCCUCGCGACUGCCACACAAUGCGAUACCCUGCAGCACAUCAGCCCGCAUCGCGCUGACGACGGCUCCAACCCGCUUCGCCAUCAUGUCGCCCUAUCUUUCCUAUGCUGCCACCCUACUGUACUUGACGGAAUGGUCUGCAGAAACGGUGCGGCAUCCUACUGCACUGGCCGGCGAUCGUCAGAGUGUCGUCGGUAUGUACGAGCUGACGAUUCUCGCAAGCUCUCACGCCAUUUCAUAUGCUGUGAGUCAACAAGCGGCCGUCCAGGGCAGCAACGUGCCUGUGUGUCAGCAGCGCAGAGCGGACUGGCACUCGGAAUGUCUUCAGAGGAAGGACGAGGAGCAAAAAAAAGAGCAAGUGAAGAAUUUCCAGAGCUCGAGCAUUCGACCAAAGCACACGGACCUCACCACCUCGUGUUCUGAAGCCGUUGACGGGGUCUACCGUCUACCGCCUACCGUCUACCGCCUCUCGCCCCUCCCGGCCGCCCUCCAAAACACGCUUCAUGCCGUGGCCACCGAGCGACUUGGGCAAAACAAUUGCGCCCCGGCACUCGCUUCGGCUUCUUCCGAGCGACUGAACUUUCACCUGCACAUGCCCGAGGUCUGGUGCGUGCUCAGGGAAUUCGGCCACACCCCUCUAGCCCGCGGUCAGAUACCAAUCCGGUCAGAGAUGGCAUACCUACCUGAGCCCUUGUCCCUAUCCACGGUCCACCCCAUCACGGAUCCCAGUCUCUUCAAACGAAGCACUUCCUUGACAAGUUUCACGCCCAAUCCUGGGUCUCAGCUUGCAGAUCGAUGGGUAAUCUGCGCCUCAGGGCCUCCCAUUUGCAUCAACCGAGCAGCCGCGGCACAUCCACCAGAAAGCGACCUGGAGGAAGACAGGCAAGGAGACCAUCACUCAACUGCGCUUGUUAACGGCGUCCCUGCCGACCUGGAAGUCUGCCAAUGGAACGACGAACUUGAGAUAGAUCCCGUCCGCUCUGCCAUGCCUAUAUCACAUUCAUUAUACCAGUCGGGUCAACUAUUUGGAAAUCUAAGCCCUGCCCCAGCGUUUCCCUGCGGAGAUCAUGGUUCAGACGGAGCAUCUGACGCCAUGAUCUACUACGGUCUAAUCUGA